AUAACCCGAAGGGCCGCGGGCCGCGGUUACCCGGAGGCACCCAUGAAAAGGGUGAAGGCGUAAAGCAUCAUUGGGAGCUUAGGAUCCUCCUGAAAACAAUAACCCGAAGGGCCAUUACCUCCGCAGGGACAGGGAGGAAGAUGUGGGAAUCAAUCUGCCUAACCAUAGCGGCCACCGCUGGCAACAACAUCGGCAAAGUCCUCCAGAAGAAGGGCACCCUUAUUCUCCCCCCUCUCUCCUUCAAGCUCAAGGUGAUAAGAGCAUAUGCAUUUAACAAAGCUUGGGCAAUUGGUUUUCUAAUGGACUUGUUUGGAGCUAUCUUAAUGUUGCGAGCAUUGUCCCUUGCCCCUCCUGUUUCGGGCUGUGGACUUGCGAUCCUCUCAAUCUUCUCCCAUUUUUAUCUAAUGGAGAUUAUGAAUGUUAUUGACUGGUUGGGAAUUGCCUUGGCUGGGAUCGGCACCAUAGGUGUUGGUGCUGGAGGGGAGGAUCAAAAGGCUUCAUCAAUUUCAGUUUUUCAUUUACCAUGGCUGGCAUUUUUUGUUGCAAUCUUGUUUGUGCUCCUUAAUGGCUGCCUUCGCAUAUAUAAGCGUCAGAGAAGAGAACAAGAGUUGAUGCAAUAUGAAGUAGUUGAAGAAAUAAUUUAUGGUUUGGGAUCUGGCAUACUGUUUGGGAUGGCAUCUGUUAUAUCAAAGCUUGGCUUUUUAUUCAUGGAUCAAGGCUUCUCAAAACUGCUCCUGCCCAUCUGCAUCUCUGUCAGCACUUGCUGCAGUGCUUCAGGAUUCAUUUAUCAGAAUUCCUCUACGUGCCAGUUUUGCAGUUCAUGGGCAAUUUCUCAUGCACUUCUAUUUUAAUGCCAUACCUUAGUAGACCCAUUUGCAUUUUGUUACACUUUCUUCUUCUAAUCAGACACGUGGCUUGAAGCACGGGAGAGCAAUUGUAGUUUCUACAUGUGCUGCUGUUGCAUCAAUAGUUAGUGGAGUAGUUGCCGGUAUGCUUGCAUUGGGUGAACAAUUACCCUCAGCACCGAAAGCACGUCUCCUUCUUCUCCUUGGAUGGCUCUUUAUUAUUGUUGGUGUGAUGCUGCUGGUCACUUCAAAGCGCAUAUUACGUUGCCUGCCACGACCCUGGGGAAAUGUUGUUCGAACUGGUGCAGCAGAGAGGAAUUUGGGGUUGAGGCAGUCAAGCUCAAUGCGCACCAGAGAUCCAAGCCCCACUGUGAUCGAAGCGACCACAUUGCGCCAUUUAAUAUCGUCUCCUUCCAACAAAGAAAAGGAUUGAACCUGUUUCUGAAUUACAUUUGGCCAGUUGGUGUAUAUGUAAGUAUUGGCUUAACAGAGAGAUCAUAAAUCAAUGACAGUUGAAUGU